UCGUCUCUUUUCAACUCAGCUACAGAAUCUACAACCGACCCGAAAAUGUCCUGUAUUUGCCAAUGUUAUACGAAUGGCGUAGACAGCGGCAUGGCUCAAGUGGGCUUUCCUUUGAAAGCUGAUAAAGAAAGCCCAUCCGAGAACGUCGUAAAAGAUGCGGAAAAGGAAACUUCUGAGAUGACUCUACCUGCCUCUGACUUAGCCGACUGUCGUGCAGAGAAUUGGCUCCUCAAGAAAAAACUGAUGGACUUUGAAAUCACUAUUGAGAAUCUACAACAGCUGGUGAAUAUGAUAGUGGAGAAGCAGCAUCGCAGACUGAGUGUCAUCUUCAGCGAGAGUACCACUCAAUGGAAAGAAAUGCGUUGAUGAAGCAGCUACAUGAUAUUCACCCUUUGUCCAGAAAUCGAAGCUUGGAAUUGGGGAGUGGAUUUAUCGAAAAUGAUGCUAACCGUAGCCCUGAGGUUCACAAGGAAGCUGAAUUAUCCGCUGAAGAGCAGGAUGAAACUGAUGAUGAGCGUGAGAGUGAUAUUGAGU